GAAUCGCGUCUCUAACCCAAUUUUUCGAAAAUAUUUCGUCAUCAGCUGUUAUUCAAAUGUUGAUUCUGAGAUCCAUUUCUCAAUUAUUGUUGAUAAGGAGCCAGUGAGUCCACUGGAGCAGGACCGGUUCUCGAUAUUGUUUGCAAGGUUGUUCAGACAGAAACUAUAAACGUAAACACUAUUUAAUAGGGAUUGAAUAGAGAGUGCAGUGGUGUGUGUUUAUGUUCUUUUCAUUCUAUUAUUAGUGUUCAAAAUGCUUGGAAAAAGUAUCAAUCCACGUUAUAUCUUGAAAGAUACAACUCUCAAUAAAUUGAUAUCGAGUUUGAGCUGUGAUUUUGUGAGGUACAAUAGCACUGAGUAUCACAGCUUGAAAGUGUCAGAACAAAUAAAGGAUAAAAGGGAGAAAGCUUUGCUAGGCGGUGGGAUCGAUAAGAUAAAUGUACAACACAAGAAGGGUAAGUUGACAGCAAGGGAAAGAAUUGAUUUAUUCUGCGAUAAUGAUAGUUUUGUGGAGUACGAUAUGUUCGUUGAACACACUUGCAUUGAUUUUGGGAUGGAGAAAAGAAAAAUUUCAGGAGACUCUGUUGUAACAGGCCAUGGUUUGGUUAACGGACGUCCAGUUUACCUUUUCAGCCAAGAUUUCACCGUCUUCGGUGGCAGUUUAUCCUCGAUGCAUGCUAAGAAAAUCUGUAAAAUAAUGGAUCAAGCCAUGCUGGUAGGCGCCCCUGUGGUUGGACUGAACGAUUCUGGUGGCGCUCGUAUUCAAGAGGGAGUAGAUUCUUUGGCAGGCUACGCUGACAUUUUUCAGAGGAACGUUUUGGCCUCAGGAGUGAUACCACAAAUUUCUCUCAUCAUGGGUCCAUGUGCAGGAGGAGCAGUUUAUUCUCCCGCAAUGACUGAUUUUACUUUCAUGGUUGAAGACACUUCAUACCUCUUCAUAACAGGUCCAGAUGUAGUCAAAUCAGUGACCAAUGUCGACGUCACACAAGAAGCGUUAGGGGGUGCCAAAACACACACGACGAUAUCGGGAGUGGCACACAAAUCAUUUGGAAACGACGUGGAAGCACUUCUUCAGCUGAGGGAUUUCAUGGGGUUCUUACCACAGUCAAAUAGUCAGCCUGCCCCCGUAAGAGUAUGCGAUGAAAGAUGUGACUUGGACGUUAAGAUUCUGGACACUAUCAUACCACCAGAAACGACCGCAGCUUACGAUAUGUUGGAUGUCAUCGUUAAUAUAGUAGACGAAAGGGAGUUUUUCGAAAUAAUGCCGAAUUAUGCGAAGAACAUCGUUGUCGGUUUUGGUAGGAUGAAUGGACGAUCUGUAGGAAUUGUUGGAAAUCAGCCAAAAAUCGCAGCAGGUGUUCUGGAUAUCAAUGCUUCAGUGAAGGCAGCUCGCUUCGUUAGAUUUUGUGAUGCCUUCAACAUACCAAUCAUAACGUUAGUUGAUGUUCCUGGAUUUUUACCAGGCGUUCAUCAGGAACAUUCUGGAAUAAUAAGACACGGUGCAAAACUCUUGUAUGCAUAUGCAGAAGCUACCGUUCCUAAAUUGACUGUGAUAAUUAGAAAGGGAUAUGGGGGUGCUUAUGAUGUAAUGGCUUCAAAGCAUCUCAGAGGAGAUGUUAACUAUGCCUGGCCAACUGCUGAAGUUGCGGUGAUGGGCGCCAAAGGAGCAGUGUCCAUUUUAUACAGGGGAAAGUCGGAUGUUCAGAAGUACGAGGAUGAAUAUAUUGAAAAAUUUGGAAAUCCAUUUCCAGCAGCUCAAAGAGGAUUCAUUGAUGAUAUAAUAGAGCCAAGGACAACUAGAUGGAGGUUAUGCCGUGAUCUCGAUCUUUUAGAAACCAAAAAUUUGAAGAAUCCACCAAAGAAGCAUGGAAACAUUCCCCUUUAAAGAUAGUUUUUGUUUUAACAAAAAAAAAAUGAAUAAAA